AUGCUCAAACUAUGGUGGCGGACCAUAUUCCUCCUCACAUCAGCAGCUCCUCUCUUCCAAGCGCGCGGCGAACGCGUCAAAAUUGACCAAACUUUGGCCGAACAAGGAACAAAAUUGGCCUCGCUUUUGGAGCAUCGGAUAAAUGCGGUAACAAAAAAGUGCGACCAUCUAAUUACUACUUGUUUUUUAGUACAAAACGACCGUUGACCCGAAUGAAGACCCAUAUAAGGCGUGGUCUCCAAAUGACAGUGUUAUGGCUGUUCCAAUGACGCCCGAGGCCGUUUUCUUGGCCUGGAAACUGCCGCCGAACAGCAAACGAGAUGACAAAUUUAUUGUGAGUCUCUUUUUAGGGCUUUUUUAUUCAAUUUUGGCUUUGUUUUGGAACGUAUCUUCAUAACUUUAAAUUUCUUUUUCAAAAAAUAGGUCGAGUUUAGAAGCCCAAAUUUUUUAUGUUACAGUAAUCCAAAGUUUCAAAAAUUGCUCACAGUGACUCUACAGGCCAUAUAGAGUAAAAUACGACCGCUGCCAAUGUUUGUUUUAUUGUUACUUCCCUCUGGCAAUCAAAUAUUCCAGGGCUCCAGUUAUAAAAUCGUUUUAUUUAAAAUUCCUUUUUUGGACAUAACUUUUGUCUAAUUGGAUAAACUUCCGUAAAAAUCGACACAGUUCUUCUCGAGGCAAUACGGGACGACACAGUAUUCGAGAAUAGUAAUUGCAAUAAUGUUACAAACGUAUUUUACAACUUUUUUGAAGUCGUCUUUUUUGAUCACAAAUGUUGAGACGCCUCGCUAAAAAUGGCCAUAACUUUUUUCAAUAGUCCAGUUAAGACCUCAAACUUUACAUAGCAGUUUCUUGGUCGUUGUGGAGUAUUUUGGUAGUUACGAUCAACAUUGUAAGUAGUACUACUUUUUAGAUAUUUGCAAAAAACUUUUUUGGCCCAAAAUUUUGAUUAUUUUUACAAUUUUUCGGCUAUAACUUUUUUACUACGUAAAAUUACUCUGUAAAAAUUCACAUGCAAAUGCUAAGAAGUAUUCCCUUUAAUUUACCAGUUACAGUUAUUUCUCUAACUAGCACAACUUUUCAGGUAUUCUACAAAUUCCUCGGCUACAGUCACUACGAGGAGCCGUUUGAUGAUUUGGAGAAAUUGGACGUCAGUAAGUCUAUAACCUACAACUACGAGACUCUAUCCUUGUUUUUUACAGAAGCCAAUAUCACCAGCGAGAGGUUUCAUGCGUACGUUUUGUCGGUUUACCGCAUUUUAUUUACGAAAUUACUACUUUUGAUGGGAAAAUUGCCUUUUUUUGAAAAUUUUAAGGUUUUUAUGGGAAAAAUGAUAAUUUAAAUAACGAUUAUGACAUAGAAUUUAAUUUUCUUUCCAGCCCAGUCUUUUUUCUUACGUUUUUACCCCUAAAAGUAGAGUUAUGGAGAAAAACGUUAAAUUUUAUGAAUUUCAAAAUUAUGGAGGAAAAACGUAAAAAUUAUUAAUGGAAAUCAAAAUUCGCGUCAAAUCUGACCUAUUGAAGGACAAAAUUAUUUUUUAUACAAUCAAAAAAUAAGAUUUUUGGACCUUAUUUCGCACUGGUAUCAAGUGUAAUAUAAUUUUCUCAAAUUUGAUCGCCUAAAACAGCAUAAAUUGCUUGCAGACUCUCUCAAGAAGUCCAAACUCUCCAUAACAUCACUUGCAUCAACGAUCCAUGCGAAUACAAUGUCCAUGGCCUCGAGCACAACUCGAAUUACGUCUUUUGGGUUGGGAUGAAAAACGAAAAAACUGGAAAAGUCUUCAAUAUUACGAAUAUUCCCAUGUCAGUGAGAACUAAACAAGACUCGAUGGCACUUCGAAUCGAACCGUAUGGCAGGAAUUGUCUGGAAUUGAAAUUAUAUUUGGACAAAAACGUGGAAUGGCCAACAACAGUGCAGUUUAGGUUUGGGAAGGUACGGAAGGUUGUAAAAAUUGAUUACUAGCACUGUUUUAUUACUGGAAAUUGCUGCAUGAUACACUGGAGACUUCAAAAAAUAGAAUUCAAAAAUUUGCACUGUGCAAAAAAAAUAAAAAUUAAUGCACAGUGCAGAGAAACGUUUAGGAAAAUUGCACUGUGCAGGCGGAAUUUUUGCUUUACUGCACAGUGCGAGAAAAAUUUUCGGGUUUAAAUUUUUUUGCACAGUGCAAUCUUUUUUGUCCCCAAAUUUAUCGCACUGUGCGAAAAAAGGCUAAGAAACUAUUGCACAGUGCAGUCCGAAUUUUUAGUUGACUGCACUGUGCAAAAGAUAAAAAAUUUUUUUUACGUACUUUUUGAUUUUUUUGAUCUUUAUUUUUCUGCACAGUGCAAUCUGUUUUGUCUCCAAAUUUAUCGCAACGUGCGAAAAAAUAAAAAAAUAUUAGGUUGAUUCAAAAGUUUUUCCACAUGUCUUUAAAAAAUUUUUAAAAAUUUAGAUCAAAGCCAGUGGGCCUGAUAUAUAUCUUGUUAGAAAGAGGGCUGUUUGUAGAUUAUAGUAGAUUAAUAACUUUUUACAACUUAGCAAUUUGUAUUAGUAGCGCCGUGUUAAACCUUAACUACUCGAAGGAAGAAAAAGUAAACCGCCGGCGUUACGUCUAGAGUGGUUGUAUCUUCUUAAUAUUCUAGAAUAUGGUAUGCCUGUAUGUAAUCUCUAUGGCACCGAGGACAAUUUGCUGUAGAGCUAGUCGAAAAAUUUUUAGUGCGAAAAAUCAAAAAUUAGGGUCUGGCAAAAGUAGACCCUGUAGACGCAGCUAUUAGAAGCACUAAGUGAUAACGCUUUCUGUUAUUGUAGUGUAUGAGUAGCACUACAACGCCCAUGCUAAACAUUCGCGCUAGCUUUAGCUAUGCGGCAGAAAAAUCGAAUCUUUCUAAUCUACCAAUAUCUUACGAAAUUUAGGGGAUUUUUACAAAAACGUUUUCUGUUCAUUACUCUCGCCCGGUAUCCUAGUUAUUUAAUAAAUAAUUGAUCCUACUUGACAUGCACUAUCAGUUGCUAGACGUGCUAAGCUGAAGGUCCUCUUGCCAUACCAGUAAAAAAAUUACAAAAAUUGGCCUAAAAGUGCAGUUUAUGCUACUUUUCUACCUUAUAAGGCAAUUUCAGUUGGUGACUUUUUGAAUGUAUCAUCAGCAUACUGUCUUUGUACAACCUGAAUGGCAGCCGAGUCAAAAAAGUCUAACUCCUUUCAAAAAAAUUUUAAAAAUCUGCUUUUGAUCGGUAGCACGGCUCUCCGGCCAACUUUAUGGGAUGCUACAAAAAACGUCAUUGUAGAUAUAAGUAGAGCAAUAAAUUCAGAAGAAACUACAGCCAUCCCCAGCACGAAUAACCCAAAACCCGAGACUUUUUAGUGGGCUGGAAAAUUGCUAGGGCCCGGGAUAUUCACCAUGACACAAACGGAGAAAUUUUUAGUAUUUUUGAAAUAUUCUGAAAGUAAGCUUGUAGAAAAUAAAAUGCUACGAAUCAAAAAUUUUGCAAUGUUCUGCCCCAUACAUAUAUGCUUUCAGUUUUAACGUACAUUCAAUCAGGCUCCAGGAAUUUUAUUUUGAAGUGUCUCAAAAAAAUGUGUAAAAACUUUUGAAUCAACCUAAUAUAUAUCGCACAGUGCAGUCCAAAUUUUUGGUUGACUGCACCGUGCAAAUGUUAAAAAAAAUUUUACAUACUUUUUGGGGUUUUUUUUUGACUUUUAUUGUUCUGCACAGUGCAAUCUUUUUGCCUCCAAAUUUAUCGCACUGUGCGAUAAAAAAAAUUAGCGCACAGUGCAGUCCGAAUUUUUAGUUGACUGCACCGUGCAAAUGUUAAAAAAAUUUUUUAGGAGCUUUUUGAAUUUUUUGACUUUUAUUGUUCUGCAGAGUGCAAUCUUUUUUGUCUCCAAAAUUAUCGCACUGUGCGAAAAAUAAUGUAUAUCGCACAGUGCAGUCCGAAUUUUUGUUGACUGCACUGUGCAAAAGUUAAAAAGUUUUUUUUCGCAUUUUUUUUAUUUUUUGCUUUCAUUUUUCUGCACAGUGCAAUCUUUUUUGUCUCCAAAUUUAUCGCACAGUGCAGUCCGACUUUUUAGUUUUUUUCAUUUCUGAGCCAUUGCGAUGCUUUUUUUCGACAGAAAAAAUACAAAAAUUAUUUUUCAGGAGUCCUUCCCGACUCAUCACGUUGACAAAAAGUAUGACCUAACUUUAUACAAUGGCUCCAUAGUCCCUCACCGGCAACAAAACACCACCGUAACGGAUAUAUUUUGCCCAGGCAACUCUUCAAUCUCCCUGGAACACGGGAUCGAGUAUCAAUUUGAGGUCGAAGCAGUCUAUAAUGGGAUUUAUGAGGUGGAAAAUGGAGAAAUGAACGAGUAUAAUCAAAGUUUUGUGGAGGCGGCAGAUGAAACUGUCCAUUUAUUGGGUAAGUAGAGGUGCACAGCGUUCUGUACUUUUUUGGAAUGAUUCCGACACCGAUUUUUUCGAUUUUUUCUAAAAUAGCCCGCAUUUACGCGGGUGUCGCGAGGAUAUACUGUAAGAUUGACGUGUAAAAUUUGCAGUGCUUAUAGAGUAAAGAGAGAUCUUUCCAACGAUACAACUUACGUAAAUUAAUAUGGAAAAAGAAAUUUGUAAUCAACGCUGAAAAAUUGCCGACUUUGGAUUUUCGGCGCUAAAGAUUGCCCUUAGACAGAUCUUUUAGAAGAAGUGGAUGGUACCACCUUAUGCGGAAUUUAAUUCUAUACAACAUAUCCAAAAACUACAAAAUUUUAUUGCUUUUCCGUCGAAUUAUGCCGCAAAAAUGCUAUUUUUGCACUAGUUUUACGAAUAUUUUUAAAAUAUUUGCACUUUAAGGGCAUUAUUACAAAAACAGAGUCGUACAUAUUGAAGCUUGCAUGCUAGUUGACCGUACUGUUUUGUUUUACCCUGUCAUCUUUCUCCAUCUUCAAGAACACCGGAGCUAAAGUUUGGUGUUUGGACCCUCCAUGGUGCACCAUAAAAAUGCCCUAAGGGCGAAUUUCAAAAAUGCGAUAGUGCCACUGAACAUAGAAUUUUUUGUACUAUAGGUAUCAACGUCAGGAGUUGCCGGAAUAGUUUGAAACAUCGGUGGCCUCAUGAACACAUUUACGCGUUCAUGAUGUUGCAUGGAUUUCUCGGAGCAGUCACAGAAGAAGGAAUUGAAUCGUUGCAUUUUGAGCAGGGCUGUUUGAACGCUUAUUCUACGUUCAGUGGCACUAUCGCAUUUUUGAAAUUCGCCCUUAGGGCAUUUUUAUGCCGGCUCCAAGCACCAAACUUUAGCACCGUUGUUCUUGAAGAUGGAGAAAGACGACAGGGUAAAAUUAAGCAGUAUGCUCAGCUACCAUACAAGCUUCAAUAUGUACGACUCUGUUUUUGUAAUAAUGCCCUUAAAGUUCAAAUAUUUUAAAAAUAUUGGUAAAACUAGUGCAAAAAUUGCGUUUUUGCGGCAUAAUUCGACGGAAAAGCAGUAAAAUUUUGUAGUUUUUGGAUAUGUUGUAGAGAAUUAAAUUCCGCAUAAGAUGGUACCAUCCACUUCUUCAAAAAGAUCUGCCUAAGGGCAAUCUUUAGCGCCGAAAAUCCAAAGUCGGCAAUUUUUCAGCGUUGAUUACAAAUUUCUUUUUCCAUAUUAAUUUACGUAAGUUGUAUCGUUGGAAAGAUCUCUCUUUACUCUAUAAGCACUGCAAGUUUUACACGUCAAUCUUACAGUAUAUCCUCGCGACACCCGCGUAAAUGCGGGCUAUUUUAGAAAAAAUCGAAAAAAUCGGUGUCGGAAUCAUUCCAAAAAAGUACAGAACGCUGUGAGGUGUCACAAGUCUAAUUUUGUGCUGAGUUUUGAUUUUUAGAGAGAAAAAAUCAAUGUUUUUUGGUGAAUUUUGGCCGAAGGCCGAGCCAUGAUGACUAAAAAUGUCUAGUACAAUAUAAAAUUCAUAAAUUUUUUUCUGUCUAAAUUGCCUGAUAUUUCGCGUAAUAAACCCACAUAGCCUAAGUACGCUAUAUUGAAAAUUUCAGGCGAUACCAUACAGAAACCUUUGAGAUAUAAUACUUUUAUCAUCAAAAAUGCCUAGUGUAAUAUAAAAUUGAUAUAAUUUUUCUGUUCGAUCUGCCUGAGAUUUUGAAUAUUGAAAGAAUGUAGCUUGAGUAUGUUGUGGUAAAAAUUUCAGGCGAUACCUUACAAAAACAUUUGAGGUAUAAGACUUUUAUCAUCAAAUAUGCCUACUAUAAUAUACGGUAAAAUAAAACGAAUCUUGACGUCUGAUCAAGGUAAAACUUUGCAUGAGGGACGAUGGGAGCAUUAUAAAAACUCCAUGAAAGAGUAGACCGUAUUUUACAAACACUUUUAGAGAUGCAAAAGACUUUUUGUAUAUAUCAUCGAAAAAUGGCAAGUGCAAUAUAAAAAACCACAUUUUUUGGAUGUCCAUUCUGAAUCAAGUUAGUUUUCAACAAAGCUAUGGGCGUUAUAACGUGUCGUAAAAAAAUUUGAAGUCAAAAUUUAUAAUGGUUUUUGAGAUAUAAGAGUUUUCUCAUCAAAACUUGCUACUGUAAUGCAUUUUUUGCAAUUUUGUUGAAGUAAACUCCAAUUUCCCUCCGAGAUGUUGAAGAUAAUAUUAAAUUAGACCUAUUACUACCCACCAAACCACUUUUGCUUAACAAAAUUUACCAUACGAUUCGAAAAUUUUGAAAAAUUUCCGAUUUUUUAGCCGACGGCGAGCCCUAUCUUGGCCACAUUUUUCUCGAAAAACACUGCGGUCAUUGGAUUCUGAACUACAGCGAGGCCGCCUUCUCCUAUCUUCCCGAGCAACGGGACGCGCUUUUGAUUGCGAUUAGCGUGAAAAUGGAUCGAUUCUCGCGCCCCUACCGAUGGCAUCAAGUUAGUUUGGGCCCGUAUGCGGACGGCUAUGUGUUUGUGGACGAUAUCAUUGCGAGGGAUAAUCAAAGCGAGUUCAAAGCGCGUCUGUAUCAUGUACGCACCAUCAAUGGCGUACAAGCGUUCGGGAAAUUUGGAAGAAACGGUGAGUUUGGGAGUUUAGGCAGGAAAACGUAAAUUUUAAGGGGAAAACGUGCUUUUUGGAAAUAAAUUUGAAAAUUGGUACAUUUACUGGUAGGGUGAUAAAAAAUAAGAGUGUCAAGAGGAAGUUCAAACAGCCAUUUUUAAUUUCCCGACAAAAAAUUUACGUUUUUUGCUCAUAAUUUCGAAAUUCAUAAGAUUUAACGUUUUUCUCCAUAAAUCGGUGAUUAGGGAGAAAAACGUCAAAAAAAUAACGGCCAAUUGCCAUAGGACUUCUGGAUUUUGUUUUAGCCACUUUACAGAGUAAUUUUUACGUUUUUUGUCCAUAAUUUUGACUUUCAUAAGAUUUAACGUUUUUGUCCAUAAAUCGAUGAUUAUGGCAAAAAAUGUUUUAAAAAAUUACGGAUAAUUGCCUCAGGACUACUGAGUUUUGCUUUGGCUUACUUUACAGGGUAAUUUUUACGUUUUUUGUCCAUAAUUUCUAAAUUCAUAAGAUUUAACGUUUUUCUCCAUAAAUCGGUGAUUACGGAGAAAAACGUCAAAAAAAUACAGAGUAAUUUUUACGUUUUUUAUCCAUAAUUUCGAAAUUCAUAAGAUUUAACGUUUUUGUCCAUAACUUGGUUUUUAUGGGCAGAACCGUAAAAUAAACGGUAGCAUUAUGCCUCAAGGCCUCUAACAGGUUUUUUCAACUCAUUUAUGACGUCAUUUUCACUUUAGAACCCGGCGUUUUUGACCAUUCCGUCGCCAGUUACAUGCGAAUUCGCCCCCAUGACUACCGACCGUACGAAUGUUUCGAGCCGGAAAACAGGAUCUGCCAGAACAUUUUCAAGGCCCACAAAAAAUAUUCGGCCGCUCAUUUCCACUACGGAAUCGAGGACGCGGUCCCGGAAUACCACGGAUUAUCGCGAAAUUACUCGGCCUGUAUUUCGUUGGGCAAAAUUUUGUCGGACGCCGGAGCCGGUCGAAACCAUCACUACAUCACGUUUUUCGUAUUGCUACUAAUUUUGGGCUCCAUUGUUUACAUUGCGUACGAUCAUAACGUCCAUGGGGAACAGAGUUUGUUCACGCGACAAAUUUUGCAACGCAUCAAGAAGCCGUCGAUGGUACAGAAAGUACAGUAUGCCCGUCUGAUCUCAAGCUAUAUUUAG